CCCAUCUGUUCAUGCUGGCAGAUGAAGAGAGGAGGACAGAGUGGAAGAGGGAGCAGGAAGCAGAAUCUCUGCUGCGGGUUUGGAUCUUGGUUUGUUCUGUUUUCAGGCAUCCUUUGGCGUUUUUCCCUGCUUACCGAGGAUGAGGCUCCGACUUCCAGUCCAGACAUUCGUUGUAUUCCAGUGAGGGCGAUCGUCGCAGAGCGAGAUGGAAACGUGGAUGAUGAUGAUCGUGUGCCUGAGCAAUGGAUGGAUUCUGACAGCUUCAGCUGCCCCCGUGACCCAGACCCCCUCCUCUCCACCUGCAACAGAGGAGCAGAGCACGCAGCUGGUGGACUGGUUGAUGAAGUAUGGCUACCUGCCCCCAUCAGACCCCUCCACUGGGCAGCUGCAGGCUUGGACGGCCGUCACCGAUGCCAUUAAAACCAUGCAGAUGUUUGCUGGCCUCAAAGACACUGGAGUUUUAGAUGAGGAAACACUCACCCUGAUGAACAGUCCACGCUGCUCCCUUCCUGACCAAGAUGGAGCCUCCAAGCUACUGAGCCUACAGCAGGGGAGGAGGACCAGGAGGAAGAGGAGAGCAGCAUCCACAUGGUCCCACCACAACAUCAACUGGAGGUUGCGCUCCUACCCUUCCUCCUCUCACCUGCCCAGGGAGACGAUUCGUGCCCUGGUCUUCUACGCAUUAAGAGUCUGGGCAGAACCUACGCCUCUGGAAUUCCAUGAGGUGGGCAACCCAGAGGCAGCUGACCUGCAGGUAGACUUCCUCCACGGUCACCAUGGUGACAGCUAUCCCUUCGAUGGAGCAGGCGGUGCAGUGGGUCAUGCGUUCUUCCCUUCAGAUCCUGCCAGGGCAGGAGGAGUCCAUCUGGAUGCAGAGGAGCAGUGGGUUUUCAGGCAGCCAGCUUAUGAGGGCACCGACCUCUUCACGGUCUUGGUCCAUGAGUUUGGUCAUGCCCUGGGCCUGGCUCACUCCUCAUCCCGCCACUCCGUGAUGAGGCCCUACUACCAUGGUCCUGUUGGAGACCCUCUGCACUACCGCCUGGGGCAGCAGGACCUGGAGCACAUAAUCCAACUCUACGGUCAAAGGAAGCAGCUCCUACCUACUGAUGCUCCGGGCCUUACAGCGGAGCCUCAGCCGCAUCACCACCAGCACCACCACCACCACCAGCACCACCACCAGCAGCACAGAAAUAGUCCUCCCGUCGAUCGCUGUAACACCAGUUUUGAUGCCGUGGCAAAGAUCCGAGGAGAGACGUUCUUCUUCAAAGGGCUGACCGUGUGGAGAGUCACCAGUGGGGGUUUGGUCUCCAGGCGAGGAGCUUCAGUCAGGAGGCUGUGGAGAGGUCUGCCUCCUGAUCUGCCGCGUCUCGACGCGGUGCUGGAGAGACACUCUGAUCACGCCAUCAUCUUCAUCAGCGGCUCCCAGUUCUGGCUCUUCAGGGACCUGGCCCUGCAGGAAGGCUACCCGAAGCCCCUGACAGCCCUCCGCAUGGGUGGGGCUUAUGAGACCGGCUCAGGAAGGCGGGGCCUGGUGUGGGACCCAGAGGAGGGGCCUGUGUGGGGGACUGUGGGAGAAGGACAGGAAGACGAAUGGAGUCGGCUUCUCCAGGAUGGUGUGAGCGGCAUCACCGCCGACAGUGAUGGUUCUAUUUAUUUCUUCAAAGGAGAUUCCUACUGGAGGUUCUUGUCUCCAGGCUCUGCAGCACAGGAGGGUUACCCACGAUCCUCCGCUGCAGACUGGUUGGACUGCGCUGACCAUCAGUCCCCGUCCGAAGCGGACGACUUCUCUCUGUCUCUGUCUCCUCCUGCUGGAAGACCUGAGCUUCAGGAAACAAGGAGGAAGGAGCAGCAGGAGGAGGACCCAGGAGGUAGCAGGAGGGACAGACAUCAGCCUAAGUACAGGCAGGACGGAGAUUCCUAUGGUUGGACACAGUGCUCCUGCCAGAAUAAAGCACUAGCUAGCAGCAAAGCGUCUCUAAGUCUGCUCUCUGUGCUGGUGGUUCGGGCGCUGCUGGCUGUUUGAGGAUCAGGAUGCGGGUUUAAGGCUGGAUUAUGCUCAACGGACCACAUGGAACCCUGUUUGCAGCCUUUGUCCUCCGUGCCUCCUUUCCCUAAAGUUCCUGAUAUUUUGGCUGACUCUGCAGGGUGGGGGGGUUGAUUCGUGGUUGGGUUGUUGUCAUAGUCUCUCCAUUAUAAUGAUAUUAAUCGGAGCAGUGUGGGAAAUCUGGCUGUGCAGACGCUCUAAACUUCGUCAAGCAUUUAACCAGGCAGUGGGAUGAAGUGAUGGAGGUUUGGUUGCAGCAGUGAAAUAAGCAUUUUUCAGAAUCUAUUUCUAUAGAUGCUGUUGACAUUUUCACCGGACGUUAGUAAUAAUCAACACAUACAAAGAAAUCAAACUAUAGAUGUCCAGAAGUUAAGUUAUGGUGCAAUAAUGUGGAAUGGCACAGGGAGAAAAUGUUGAACAUAUUUUGCUGAAAUGUAUUUAAUACUUUGUAGAAAAGCCUUAGUUGGCAUUG